GCAUUACAUAGGAAGCUGCCUUGCACUGAGUCAGACCUUGGGUCCAUGUAGCUCAGUAUUGUCUGCACAGACUGGCAGCAGCGGCUUCUCCAAGGAUGCAGGCAUGGGUUUUUCCCAGCCCUAUCUCGUUGGAGAUGCUGCCAGGGAGGGAGCUGGGAAGCCUAGAUGCUCUUCGCAGGGUGGCCCCAUCCCCUGAGGGGAAUAAAAGGGUGAACACUUGUAGUCUCCCCUUUAUAUGCAGCCAGGGCGGACCCUGCUUAACUCAGGGGCCAAGUCAGGCUUGCGACCACAAGACCAGCCCCCUUGUUUCCGGGGGGGGGGCAGCUGACCCCGCCGCACAGCACGACGAGCCUGCUUUGAUCUCCUUGCCGCAGGCGGAAGUCCCGCCUCCAGGCCGUGGGCGUCAGUCAAGCCCUGGAUUGGAACGAGCGGCAGGAGCUGCCCUUCCCCACUUUGACCCGGGGCGAGGCGGGACUUCUUCGGCCCACGUGACCGGGCCUCCUUGUUUCCGCCUGCCGGAGCCGCGGACUCGGAAGCUGCUUCGGGGGGCGGGGCUUCUUGGAGUCCUCUCCGGCUUCUUCCCGGCUGGUCUGGCGCAGGGUGGAGCUUGUGGAACGCCCGGCUACUCUGAAAGGGCUCACGCGCCAAUGCCGACAUGUGGCAAGGUCACUCGUGAUGCCAGCCCCGCAGUGUAGUCCAGUCCAGGGCUGCAAGGCUGGCCGGCUGGGCGCCUCCUCCCCGCGCCGCUUUUCCUGCCGCUCAGAGUGCCGUUGCGGGUGGCCAGCCCACGAGGAGAAAGCCCGGGGCGCCCUGAAGCUGGGCCGGACCUGUCGAGGGACUGCCGGCGGCCCCCAUGAGCCCCUCGGAGGCGGCGCGGGUGCUCGAUGCCGCCGACUUCGCGGCCCGGAAGCACACGGCGCAGCGGCGCAAGGACCCAGAGGGCACGCCCUAUAUCAACCACCCCCUCGGUGUGGCCCAAAUCUUGGCCCAGGAGGCAGAAAUCACAGACGUUGCAGUCCUGCAGGCUGCUCUCCUGCACGACACAGUUGAAGACACGGACACCACCUUCCUGGAGAUCGAGGAGCGCUUUGGGCAGGAGGUGCGGCGCAUUGUGGAGGAAGUGACAGAUGACAAGACACUGCCCAAGGCAGAGCGUAAGCGCCUGCAGGUGGAACGGGCCGCCCACCGGAGCCGGGCUGCCAAGCUGGUGCAGCUGGCCGACAAGCUCUACAACCUGCGGGAUCUGAACCGUUGCACCCCACAAGGCUGGUCUGAAGAGCGGGUCCAGGAGUACUUCUUUUGGGCCUCGGAGGUCGUGAAGGGCUUGCGUGGGACAAGCCCAGAGCUGGAGGAGAAGCUGCGGCAGCUGUUUAAAGCCAGAGGUCUUCCUGGCUGACCUUGCGGACCCCAGCUGAGCCCAUGGAGUGCAGAGAUGCUGUUGGUAUGCAAAGCAGAGAGAAUGGAAUCGGGGCACUCCCAUCUCCCUGUCCCCAGGAUGAAACCACUUUCUUCUCAACUCAUGGCCUGCACUAGGGUGGAAGACUAAACACUCUUCUCUGGGGCCUGCAAUGGGGUGGCCUAGCUUGGUUGCCAUUGGCAGGGCAUUGGAGGAAGAGAUCUUGAAGGUGGUUCUCAAUAAAGGCUUUGAGCAACAUGUGA